UGCCGAAGGUGAAUUUACUUGUGGCCUGAAUACGUGUAAGCGACAAGUUUACUUUUUACUUUUCACUUUUCAGUCGUACAAGUUUACAUAGGCAAUUGCCCCGAUGUACGAAGCGGUCACGUCUUCUUCGAAUCGGGCGUUAUGAUUAAACAGUUCGGCGGUGUAACGGUGCUUGCUUCCUCGACAUCCUACAUUGCAUCCACCAUGAGCUAUACACCACCCGCAGUAUCCUCCUCCCACCCUUCACAACAACACCCGCUGCUUCCACAUCAACCGAACUCUACCUCGAACCUUCCCCAGACCCCAUACCCACAGCAGAAUGUAUCCCAGCCAAGCUCACUUCAACACCCUUCAGCUCGCCACUUUCUGCCUCAACAGCCGACGCUUCCUCAACCACCAACGCCUCCUUCGCAGUCGACGCCCCCUCCGCAGACAGCAAUGGCGGCCUUGGAGCAAGCUGAUUACGGCGAACCAACCCCCAAGCGAACUAUUCGUUUUGGUCUCGUUUCACGAAGCAGCGAUUUCGAGCACAACACAGUUCUGCUACUGCAAGCGAUGCUCAAGUUCCCACCGUUUGUCAAGUUUGACAGCAGGGCUGAGGCAUGGGCAAUUGUUGCGGCGGAGCUGAGGCACACUGGAGGUCAAGAUUUGAAGUAUGCAACCAAUCACGUCUGCGAGAAGAGAUAUAGAGAGGUCAAAGGCGAGUUUCAAAAGAAGGAGGCAGAGAGUCAAAUCGAUACUCUGGUUAAAGAACUUGUUGCGUUGGAGACGGCAUUUGAGGAGAGACAAAGGGAACAGAAUCAGACUGGGGUGGACGAUCUUCUUUCGUCCAGCUUUGAUCAGUUCGAAGGAUACUUAUCAAGAGAGGAGACCAUGAAUAACAUGAGGACGGCAUCUACCGCUUCCAGCUCCAGCCUGUCUUCAUCCUCUAUUAUGGCUCGCAGUCCACAGAGAGUUACAGCACAAUCUGUCCGACACAACUCACUUCCUUCUCACCGGCGACGAAGCCAACCACUCAAUGAUGAAGACGACAAGCUGAAGGAGGAGAUGUUCAAGACGUUAAAGAAUUUGAAUGAACUUAUUGACCUUGCAAAGAGUUCUUAUGGAUAAUAGGUGUCUUUGAUUUUGUAUUGAUUAAUGAAGAUAUUCUUCAAGUGUGGGCGGAGCUAUUUGAAAUUUGCCAGUGGAAGAAUUAUGCUGAGAAAUGCAGGACAUGGUGUUUGAAAAAAGGGUUGAGCAGAUGAACUUCUGCAAGAAGAGUUUUUUUUUUUUGAAAUCACUGAAAGGGAAGAAUUGAAGCACUUGCCCAAAGCUCCACUCCACAGCUAUUCUCACUAAUGAUAUUCACACCUCA